CACCAAUACCACAUACACCUAAUUAGCCUUAAUUAGUCUUGUCCCAAAUAUUAAUUCAUUCACAUUAUUAAUUAAUUAAAACAAGCUAGCUAACUAUAUAUAAUAUAGGUGAUCAAUAAUGUCGUCGGUUAGACAACGUCCAUCCAACAAUGAAUCGGAAGAAACAGCAGCAGGGGAUCAGAACCUUACCGGAACCCCAUCUGGAAUUAGUCGCUCCUCAAGACGACGCGCAGUAUCUGGAGCACUUACCGGAACAGCCAACUUGGCGAACCUACUUCCUACGGGAACCCUCUUGGCAUUCCAGAUUCUAACGCCAGUGUUCACAAACAAUGGAGCUUGUGACUCCGUUACGCGCAUCCUCACACUCCUACUCCUCCUCUUGCUGGCAAUCUCUUGUUUUCUCGCAUGUUUCACUGACACCGUCAAGGCAUCAGAUGGAAGAAUUUACCAUGGUCUCGCAACCUUCAAAGGUCUCUGGCUAUUUGACUACUCACCUGUUGAUGACUUGUCCAACACGUUACCUGAUUUGAGCAAGUAUAAGCUUAGGCUCAUUGAUUUAAUUCAUGCAUUUUUGUCAGUUCUUGUCUUCUUUUCUGUUGUAUUGAGGGACAACAAUGUGUUGACAUGUUAUUACCCGCAACCACCACAUCGUGAGACUAAGGAGGUUCUGGACAUUGUACCUCUUGGAAUUGGACUUCUAUGCAGCUUGCUCUUUCUUGUUUUUCCUACCACCAGACAUGGGAUUGGCUACCCUGUUACACCUGCUGCUGCACCCAAAUACUAGCACUCUACUUCAUUUUUUGCUACUAUAUUCUAAUUAGUUUAGUUAGUUACUUAAUUACUGCUUUGCUUUCUAAUUCUUCAUGCAUAAAUAUUCCCUCAUCUGUUAUUGUACAUUAAUUAUUUAUUUACUUCAACUGAAUUGAAUUAAAAAAUUGGCUUGUUUAUUAAGCAGACUCCCACACGGCACUACUUUCUAUUAUUUUCUGCUCUGUCAUGACUUGGAGUGCUGGAAUCAAUUUGUAACCAUUUCUUCUAGUAUCUUACAACACAA